CGGUAGGAGGACGACGACGACGAGUGGAGGACUGUACCUAGGAUAUGGGUGAAAGCGACGCAUAUGGGCACGCCUGUAGGCUGGAGCCCUAAGCUCAGACGCCUGACGGUCAAAGUGCCUUGCUGUAUAAGGUGGAGGGGGGAAAUUGUCGUUCAUUAUGGUGAUGGGAAGGAAAAAAAGGCGAGUGAAAGCCUCCCUCUCGCUUCGAACCCUUAAACAAGGAAACCGAGGUCUGAAUUUGGUUAUCCAAAUACGCUUUUUGCAGUGGGAACUUUGUGAAGCAUACGCAAACAAGAUGCAGGGAAGUCCACCAUCGAGUAUUUCCUAUUCCUGGAAUCGUCCAGGUCUAAGGUGCAAGUCUGUCGUUAUUGGCGCCUUCUCUUUGUUGGUCAUAUUCUCGCAAUUGCGGUCGAUGCUCGAACAUCCAGACUUGCGGCGGGUCCUGGACUGUCAGCCUGAUUAGCGAUCUACGCUCUUCUUGGACUGGAUUCCGAUUCUCGUCGAUCUGGUGGCCUAUUCCUUGAUCUACGCGGCCUUUUGGAGCCUAUGCUCAGAUUCUUG